AUGCUUGGAAAUCUUCAUAUACUAUUUCUCUAUGACAAUGAACUAUCUGGAGAGAUCCCAGUAGAGAUUGAUUACAGCUCCAAUUUGCAAAUGAUUGAUUUCUUUGAGACUGGAGAGAUUCCUGCCAGUCUGGGCAGCUGCCAUCAACUAACCAUUCUUGAUUUGGUGGACGAUCGAUCGUCAGGCAGCAUUCCUGCGACUUUUGGAAGCCUUAGAGUUCUGGAGCUGCUAAUGCUAUACAAUAACUCUCUUGAAGGUAAUCUGCCUGAUGAGCUUAUCAAUGUUGCAAAUCUGACGAGGAUCUCUCAGGUAGCACUUACUGGAGAGAUGCCAUUCCAGCUUUCCCUGUGCAAGAAAUUGACUCAUCUUGAUCUCGACAACAGCCUUCUUUUUGGGCCGAUUCCAUUUUGGAUUGGGAGUCUUCCUCUAUUGGGCGAGCUCAAGCUCUCCUCCAAUCAAUUUUCUGGUUAUCUUCCUCGUGAAUUAUUCAAUUGUUCGAAGCUUCUGGUUCAGGAACUGUCUAUAAAGUUGAGUUAUUCACCUGGAGAGACAGUGGCAAUCAAGAGAAUACCUAGGAAGGAUGAUCUGUUGUUGGACAGAAGCUUAGCAAGGGAAAUUAGAACUCUUGGGAGGACAAGGCAUAGGCAUCUCGUGAAAUUGUUGGGGUAUUGUAGCAACAGAGAAGCAGGCUCCAAUUUGUUGAUCUACGAGUACAUGGAGAAUGGAAGUUCGUGGGAUUGGUUGCAUAAGCAAACAAUGAGUUAUAAGAAGAAGAGCCUAGACUGGGAAGUUCUUAUGGCUACAUUGCUCCAGGGUAUGCUUAUUCCUAAAAGGCGACAGAAAAGAGUGAUGUUUACAUCAUGGGUAUUGUACUGA